CAAAUUCAAGCUUGCAAAUGAGACCCAAUGGAUAAUGAUAAGGAGAAAAUGGCCAACCAAGCCACUCCAAACAAAGUGGCACUCUUCUAUAGGCUGAUACAGACUAAUAAUCUAGAGAAAAGUAGAAAACCCGUAGACACAUAGACGUCGCAUAUGCUAGAUUUUAGGCUGAAUAAUAAUUUAUAUUAAGCUGUUUAAUCGACGAGAAUACGAUAUAUCCUCAAUAUACAACCCAAAACCAGUGUUAACGAUAUGGUAUAAGUAUUUACAGCUUCUGCCAUGACAACAGUUCUACAUAUCUCCUUCAAUUUCUCAGCUCUUAGAACUACGCAUGGUGGCUGUUGCAAGAAACCCAUUUACUAUAACUCUCUGUCAAGUUCAAAGAUUGGUUCUUUGCGCCGGAAUGGGCUUAAACCGAGGGUUUCUAGGGGGGAGAGGUGGUUUUCAUUGGGAGGGAGUUGGGGCAGGGAUGCGAUUUUGUUGGAGGAGGGAUGGAAAAGGAACAGAAGAAUAGUUUUGGUGAGGUUCAAUCAAGGUUUUGGGUUUAACGGCGGCGGCGGUGGUGGUGGUGGUGGUGGGAGAGAUAAUGCGAGGCUUCUGGGUAAUAUUGCUUUCGCAAUUGGUUUGACUUAUCUUUCCGUUACUGGGCAGCUUGGAUGGGUUUUGGAUGCUAUUGUGUCAAUUUGGCUCAUUGCAGUGCUUAUUCCUAUUGUGGGUUUGGGAGCAUUUCUAUGGUGGGCAGGACGAGAUGUUAUUCAAGGCCAAUGCCCAAAUUGUGGAAAUGAUUUUCAGGUAUUCAAAUCUACCCUAAAUGAUGAAUUACAGCUCUGCCCCUUCUGUACUCAACCAUUUUCAGUGGUGGACAAUGAGUUUAUUAGUGAUACUGUGAAGUUCUCCAACCAAUCCACUACUUUUGGCGAAGCAUUCAGUGAUUUCAAACCUGGUUUCAAGAAAGGAAAGGAUUCUGGUGCCACAGUUGUUGAUAUUGAAGCAGAAAUAAAAGAUGCAGACUGAGGUGCCAGCCAGCUUACCCUGGUCGCUUUUGCUGACACAAAAUUUUCCCCAAUCAAUUGAAAAAGUUUGGAGUCUUCACAUUCUACAAUUUUUGCAUUGACUUGGGACUUAUAUUUGGGUUGGAAACAAUUGGUAGUCUGUCAGUGAGAAGUAUUUUGUUCUGAAUCUCGGUGGAGAAGAUUUCACAAUGCUAUAAAAAAUGACUAAUCGUUCCAUCGCCUUCCCUCUGCCGCUCUCUCACAGCCUACGGUAGUCUGGGACCUCUGGGUUGGCUCAUUGAUGUGUUGGCUCUUUAUUCAAUGAUGUAU